AUGACAAUCACGGAUGGUCCGGUUGAACUGAACUCCUCAGUUUGCUAUGCUUCAGAGGCUUACUACGGUUCACUACCAGAAAGAAUGUCAGACCCCAAAGAUUUGAAGAUUGCCGUCAUCGGCGCCGGCAUGGGCGGUCUGGGCUGCGCGCUUGCGCUGGCCAAGAAAGGCUUCAAACAUGUUGACGUCUACGAGACUGCCUCGACCCUUGGUUUCGUAGGCGCCGGUAUUCAGAUGCCGCCCAAUGUCGUCCGGACUCUCGACCGCCUAGGUUGUUGGCCUGAGAUCGAGAAGGAAGCUACAGAUGUCAAAGGCUCGAGUAUCAGACAGGGGUCAACCAAUGUCGAGCUCGCUCAUGUCGACAUGCCCAACAUCCGUGAGCUCUACGGCUACCCACACUGCAACGGCCACCGCUCGUCUCUAGCUGGCCGCUUGUACGACGCCUGCAAGAAGGAAUCUGCCGUCAAAUUCCACUUUGCAACCUCACUGACGGCCGUCAACUCGUUUGACCCUAAACCAAACUUCACAGUGCAGCCACGCGACGGAGAGGCCUAUUCCGUAGAAUCCGAUGUCCUCCUCGCCUGCGACGGCAUUAAGAGCACCGUCCGUUCCGCUCUACUUACAGCCCUCGGCGCCGAGGGCCUGGAGGAGGAAACGGGUCAGGCCGCCUACCGAAUCAUGCUUACCCGUGAGCAGAUGGCCCAUGACCCCGAGCUCCUCGCCCUCCUCGACUCGGACGAUGUCAUCCGGUGGAUCGGCGAGAAGCGCCACAUCAUCGCCUACCCCGUCUCUUCCCACUCCAUCUACAACCUCUCGACAACCCAGCCCGAUUCCAACUUCGCCGCCGCGACCAACGCCACAUACACCACCAAGGGUUCCAAGUCAGCCAUGCUGGAAGUGUUCCACGACUUCUGCCCCUUGGUCCACCGCAUGCUCAACCUCGUCCCGGACGGCCAGGUCUGCGAGUGGCGCCUGCGCAUGCACAAGCCUCUGCCGUCUUGGGUCCACACGGACGGACCCGUGGCCCUCCUCGGCGACGCCUGCCACCCGACGCUCCCUCAUCUAAGCCAGGGCGCCGCGAUGGCCAUCGAAGAUGGCUCCGUCGUCGCCGAGGUGCUCUCCCGCGCCCCGGACACGUCCCCACAGACCCUCCGCCGGUGCCUCAAGGCCUACGAGCUCUCCCGCCGCGAGUGGUGCUCCCAGCUCGUCAACAUGGCCUUCCUGUCCGGCAAGCAGCUGCACCUGGGCGAGGGCAAGGCCAAGGAGGAACGCGACCGCAUGUUCGCCGAGCACAAGUCGGCCGGCGCCGUGCCGGACAAGUGGGCCUCGCCCGACGUGCAAAAGAUGAUCUAUUCCAACGACUGCGUGGCCAAUAUCCAACGAGACUUUGACGAGCUGUACAAAAGCCUAGCGUAG